GGUCCAGACGUGGAGUUUGGUGACUUUGCAGCUGCACAGCUGUCAGCUCUUCGUUCCCUCAGGAGGAUCAGGAAUACAAAGGGCAGCAGGACGUCCCGCUGGACUGUUCGCACGUGGAGUCAUAAAACUAAGCAACACCGGGAAAAAUGUCAGAUAUAAUGGAUGACAACUCCUUCAUGUUCACCUCAGAGUCCGUCGGAGAGGGACACCCAGAUAAGAUUUGUGACCAGAUCAGUGAUGCAGUCCUGGAUGCACACCUGAAGCAGGACCCCGACGCCAAAGUGGCCUGUGAAACUGUGUGUAAGACUGGCAUGGUGUUGCUCUGUGGCGAGAUCACAUCCCGGGCCAACGUGGACUAUCAGAAGGUGGUGAGGGACACCAUCAAACACAUCGGCUACGACAACUCUGAGAAAGGAUUUGACUAUAAAACGUGUAACGUGUUGGUGGCUCUGGAGCAGCAGAGUCCGGACAUUGCUCAGGGUGUCCAUGUCGACAGACAAGAGGAGGACAUUGGAGCGGGAGAUCAGGGUCUGAUGUUUGGCUACGCCACAGAUGAAACCGAGGAGUGCAUGCCCCUGACCAUCGUCUUAGCUCACAAACUCAACUCCAAGAUGGCCGAGCUGAGGCGCAAUGGUACGGUGCCCUGGCUCCGCCCCGACUCCAAAACACAGGUGACGGUGCACUAUGAGCAGAAGGAUGGAGCCGUGAUUCCCAAGAGAGUUCACACCAUUGUGAUCUCCGUGCAGCACGAUGACGGAGUCACCCUGGAGGAGCAGCAGAGAGCCCUGAAGGAAAAGGUGAUCAAAGCUGUGGUUCCUGCAAAAUAUCUGGAUGAUAAAACCAUCUACCACCUCCAGCCGAGCGGCCGGUUCGUCAUCGGAGGACCUCAGGGUGAUGCUGGCGUAACGGGCAGGAAGAUCAUCGUGGACACAUAUGGAGGUUGGGGAGCUCACGGCGGAGGAGCUUUUUCUGGUAAAGACUUCUCAAAGGUGGACCGGUCCGCGGCGUACGCCGCUCGCUGGGUGGCCAAGUCUCUGGUCAAAGCCGAACUGUGCAGAAGAGUUCUGGUGCAGGUGUCUUAUGCUAUUGGAGUGGCUCAGCCGCUGUCCAUUUCCUUGUUCACGUAUGGAUCAUCCAAGAAAACAGAGUCUGAGCUGCUGAAGAUUGUUAACGAGAACUUUGAUCUACGACCAGGAGUCAUUGUCAGGGAUCUGCAGCUGAAGAGGCCGAUCUAUCAGCAGACGGCUGCUUACGGCCACUUUGGACGCUCAGAGUUUUCUUGGGAGGUCCCUAAGAAGCUGGUGUUCUGAGCCUCCAUGAAUCCACCUGAAUCCAUGAACGAGCCCCCUCUUUGCUGGUCAUAACUUAUUGCUCAUCAACCAAUUGAGAUAUUUUGAACAAAAAAGAAACAAUUAAGUUCAGUUUUAAAAUGUGAAGUCAGAGUGGUUGAAGCUACUGAGAAUGAGACGGAAGAUUCCUCUUAGAAAGCCAAACAUGUUGGUUCUUUAUUAAGAAAAUUAUCUAUUUUUAAGAAUGUUAAAUCCAAAUAAAAUGGGUCAAACGUCCAAAAAAAUAUAUUUUUUAAAGACAAAAAUAGAGAUUUAGUUAGAGAUGCUAACAUUUAUUGUGAAAAGAUGCUGCUUUCCAAAUUUAAAAUAUAAAAGACAAUUUUAUCUUUUUGGGGCAGAUAAAAAACAAUUUUUGGAGGAAUCUGAUGUUGUAAAGUAGCUCUUCUAUUACCAGUACAGUCAAUAAAACAGAGAGGAGCUUGGUUUUCUUUGGUGUAAAAAGUUACAAUCAGCCAAAUGUAAACAUGUAAAAUAGAAUCACAUUUAUUUUGUUUUUAUCAUCAAACUUUCAAGCAUUUCUUGCUACACUUAUACCUUCAUGCAGUCUGUGAACCGAUAUUUCCAAAGAAGUCUUUUGGAUUAAACCGAAGUUGCUUUUAUUUAUGCAGAUCUCCAUCGGUGGAUAAUUUGGAACAAAAAAA